AGUGCCUCCGCUAGACAGAGACCAAGAAGAUGAGGGGAGGGGAGAGAGAGAGAUAGAGAAAAAGUUCCCCACUCUCGCGAGACCUUACAGCCUUGACUAGUGGGUCCAGUCCCAUCCGGAUAUCGGCCGUAAGACAAACGGUCGUUCGGGGAAAUAGGGGGUGGUCGCGGCCACAGCCGCAGCUCCCGCCCCCUGCCCUCUCUGUCUCUCCCUGCGACAGCGGCCGCCCGCUCCGUGGGGGUGGGGGUGUGAGCGCGCGAGUCUGGGACCCCGGAGCGAGGGCUGGGAGGCGGGGAGAGAGGAGCUGCCGCAGCCGCCGGCCGUGCCACCGUCGCCACCGCCUCCCCCUUCAGCGGGCCGGGCCAGCCCUACUGGUGCCCUUCCCGGCUUCCCUCUGCGUCCUUUGCGCCCCUCCCCCCUCUCGCCGGUCUUCGUAUCCGCCCCCCACCCAGCCGCCGAAGCCCCGCCCACCCCUGCUUCCGUCCCUCGGUGUACCGCCGGCUGCACGUACCGCUGGCUCCCCGGACAGUUUAUUCGUUUCUGAAGUAAUUCUCUUCGAAUCAUUUGGAAGCCAAAAUGGGUCACUUUAAGCAAGUCCGCAUUUUACUUUUAAACGACAUGGAGAAGCUAGAAAAGACUCUCUUCAGGCUUGAACAAGGUUUUGAACUACAGUUCCGAUUGGGCCCAACUUUGCAAGGAAAGACAGUUACUGUCUAUACAAAUUAUCCAAAUCCGGGAGAAGAAUUUAGUCGAGAAAAAUUCCGGCCCCUUGCUUGGGAAAAUCCAACAGAAAGGGAAGAUGAUUCUGACAAAUAUUGUAAACUUAAUCUUCAAAAAGCUGGAUCAUUUCAAUAUUAUUUCAAUCAGGAAAAUGAGAAGAGUGGUGGAGGUUACAUAGUCAUCGACCCUAUUUUACACAUUGGAACUGAUAAUCAAGUAUUACACUUGGACUGUGUUACUCUCCAGACAUUUCUAGCCAAAUGUUUAGGACCUUUUGAUGAAUGGGAAAGCAGACUUAGAGUUGCAAAAGAAUCAGGUUACAACAUGAUUCAUUUUACCCCACUUCAGACUUUGGGGCUGUCUAGGUCAUGUUAUUCAUUGGCUAAUCAGUUGGAACUGAAUCCUGACUUUUCUACACCUCAUAAGCAGUACACUUGGAGUGAUGUUGGACAACUAGUAGAAAAAAUGAAAAAGGAAUGGAACGUUCUUUGUAUUACUGAUGUUGUCUACAAUCAUACUGCUGCUAAUAGUAAAUGGAUCCAGGAGCAUCCGGAAUGUGCAUAUAAUCUAGUGAAUUCUCCACACCUGAAACCAGCUUGGGUCCUGGACAGGGCACUUUGGCACUUAACGUGUGAUGUUUCAGAAGGAAAAUACAAAGAAAAAGGACUACCUGCUUUGAUUGAAAAUGACCAGCAAAUGAAUUGUAUUCGAAAAAUAGUUUGGGAGGAUAUUUAUCCAAAGACUAAACUCUGGGAAUUUUUUCAAGUGGAUGUUAACAAAGCAGUGCAACAAUUUAGAGCCCUUCUUACACAAGAAAACAGGAAAACAGUAACAAAAUCUGACCCAAAGCAGCUUCUUAAGAUUAUUCAGGACCCAGAAUACAAACGACUUGGUUGUACUGUAGAUAUGAACAUUGCUUUAGCUACUUUCAUACCACAUAACAGUGGACCAGCUGCAAUUGAUGAGUGCUGCAACUGGUUCCGUAAAAGAAUUGAGGAAUUAAAUGCAGAGAAACUUCGUCAAAUAAACUACCAUCAAGAACAGGCAGUUAAUUGUAUUUUGGGAAAUGUGUUUUAUGAACGACUGGCUGGCCAUGGUCCUAAACUAGGUCCUGUUACUAGAAAACAUCCUUUGGUUACCAGAUACUUUACCUUCCCAUUUGGAGAAAUGACAUUUGCAGAAGAAGAAACUUUUAUUAAUCACCCAAAUAAAAGUUGUUUCUUCAUGGCACAUAAUGGCUGGGUAAUGGGAGAUGAUCCUCUUCGAAACUUUGCUGAACCAGGUUCAGAAGUUUAUCUGAGGAGAGAGCUCAUUUGCUGGGGUGACAGUGUUAAAUUACGCUAUGGAAAUAAACCAGAAGACUGUCCAUACCUUUGGGCUCACAUGAAGAAAUAUACUGAAAUAAUUGCCACUUAUUUCCAGGGAGUACGCCUUGAUAACUGCCACUCAACGCCUAUUCAUGUAGCUGAGUAUAUGCUUGAUGCUGCUAGGAAAUUACAGCCCAAUUUGUAUGUAGUGGCUGAGCUGUUCACAGGAAGUGAGGAGCUGGACAAUAUCUUUGUGACUAGACUGGGCAUUAGUUCCUUAAUAAGAGAGGCAAUGAGUGCUUAUAAUAGUCACGAAGAAGGCAGACUAGUUUACCGAUAUGGAGGAGAACCUGUUGGAUCCUUUGUCCAACCAUGUUUGAGACCUUUAAUGCCUGCUAUUGCACAUGCUUUGUUCAUGGAUAUUACACAUGAUAAUGAGUGUCCUAUUGUGCAUCGGUCAGCAUAUGAUGCUCUCCCAAGUACCACAAUUGUUUCCAUGGCUUGUUGUGCUAGCGGAAGUACUAGAGGCUAUGAUGAAUUAGUACCUCAUCAGAUUUCUGUAGUGUCUGAAGAACGGUUUUAUACUAAGUGGAAUCCUGGUGCAUCUCCUUCAAACACAAGCGAAGUUAACCUACAAAGUGGAAUUAUUGCUGCAAGACGGGCCAUUAAUAAGUUACACCAAGAGCUUGGAGCUAAAGGUUUUAUUCAGGUGUAUGUUGAUCAAGUUGAUGAAGAUAUAGUAGCAGUAACACGACACUCACCUAGUAUCCAUCAGUCUGUAGUGGCUGUGUCUCGAACUGCAUUCAGGAAUCCUAAGACAUCAUUUUACAGCAAAGAAGUUCCUCAGAUGUGCAUCCCAGGCAAAAUUGAAGAAGUCAUUCUUGAGGCUAGAACUGUUGAAAGAAAUACAAAUCCAUAUAGAAAAGAUGAGAAUUCAAUCAAUGGAGUGCCAGAUAUCACAGUAGAGAUUAAAGAGCAUAUCCAGCUCAAUGAAAGUAAAAUUGUGAAGCAAGCUGGAGUUGCCAAAAAAGGUGCUAAUGAAUAUGUUCAAGAAAUAGAAUUUGAAAACUUAACUCCAGGAAGUGUUAUUAUAUUCAGAGUUAGUCUUGAUCCUCAUGCACAAGUGGCUGUUGGCAUUCUUCGAAAUCAUUUGACACAGUUUAAUCCUCAUUUUAAAACUGGAAGCCUUCCUGUUGACAACGCAGAUCCUAUACUAAAAAUUCCUUUUAUUUCAAUAGCAUCCAAAUUAACUUUGGCUGACCUAAACCAAUUACUGUAUCGCUGUGAGUCAGAAGAACAAGAAGAUGGUGGAGGAUGCUAUAAUAUUCCAAAUUGGUCAUCCCUUAAAUAUGGAGGACUUCAAGGUUUAAUGUCUGUGUUAGCAGAAAUAAGACCAAAGAAUGACCUGGGUCAUCCUUUUUGUAAUAAUUUAAGGUCUGGAGAUUGGAUGAUUGACUAUGUCAGUAAUCGGCUGAUUUCACGCUCAGGAGCUAUUGCAGAAGUCGGUAAAUGGUUGCAAGCUAUGUUCUUCUAUUUGAAGCAGAUUCCACGUUAUCUUAUCCCAUGUUACUUUGAUGCUAUAUUGAUUGGCGUAUAUACCACUCUUCUGGAUGUAGCAUGGAAUCAGAUGUCAAGCUUUGUUCAGAAUGGUUCAACAUUUGUAAAACACCUUUCACUGGGUUCAAUUCAAAUGUGUGGAGUAGGAAAGUUCCCCUCUCUUCCCCUUCUUUCUCCCUCGCUUCCUGAUGUUCCAUACAGACUAAAUGAGGUAACCAGAGAGAAGGAGCAAUGCUGUGUUUCUAUAGCUGCUGGCUUACCUCAUUUUUCAUCUGGUCUGUUCCGCUGCUGGGGAAGGGAUACCUUUAUCGCUUUUAGAGGUCUACUGCUGAUUACUGGACGCUAUUUAGAAGCCAGGAAUAUAAUUUUAGCAUUUGCUGGUACCCUGAGACAUGGACUCAUUCCCAAUCUCCUUGGUGAAGGAACUUAUGCCAGGUUUAAUUGCCGAGAUGCCGUGUGGUGGUGGUUACAGUGUAUUCAGGAUUACUGCAAACUUGUUCCAAACGGCACAGACAUUCUUAAGUGCCCAGUUUCCAGAAUGUAUCCUACAGAUGACUCAUCCCCUUUGCCACCAGGCACAUUGGAUCAGCCAUUAUAUGAAGUUAUACAAGAAGCUAUGCUACGCCACCUACAGGGUAUACAGUUCCGAGAAAGGAAUGCUGGCCCACAGAUAGAUAGAAACAUGAAGGAUGAAGGAUUUAAUAUAACUGCAGGAGUAGAUGAUCAAACAGGUUUUGUUUUUGGAGGAAAUCGCUUUAAUUGUGGUACCUGGAUGGAUAAAAUGGGGGAGAGUGACAGAGCUCGAAACAGAGGAAUUCCAGCCACCCCAAGAGAUGGUUCUGCUGUGGAAAUUGUUGGCCUGAGCAAAUCAACUGUUCGUUGGUUGCUGGAAUUAUCAAAAAGGAAUUUGUUUCCUUAUCAUGCAGUUACAGUAAAAAGAAAUGGAAAAGAUGUAAAAAUUUCAUAUGAGGAGUGGAACAGGAAAAUACAAGACCACUUCGAAAAGCUGUUCCAUGUUUCAGAGGACCCAUCAGAUCCUAAUGAAAAGCAUCCUGAUCUGGUUCACAAACGUGGAAUAUACAAAGACAGUUAUGGAGCUUCAAGUCCUUGGUGUGACUACCAACUCAGGCCAAAUUUCACUAUAGCAAUGGUUGUAGCUCCUGAGCUCUUUACUCCAAAGAAGGCAUGGAAAGCUUUGGAAAUAGCAGAGAAAAAGUUACUUGGUACCUUGGGAAUGAAAACCUUGGACCCUGAUGACAUGGUUUACUGUGGAGUAUAUGAUAAUUCCUUAGACAAUGACAACUACAAUCUUGCCAGAGGUUUUAAUUAUCAUCAAGGACCUGAAUGGCUGUGGCCAAUUGGAUACUUUCUUCGUGCAAAAUUAUAUUUUUCUAAGUUGAUGGGCCAGGAAAGUUAUUCACAGACAGUGUUUUUGGUUAAAAAUGUUCUUUCUCGUCAUUAUGUUCAUCUUGAGAGAUCCCCGUGGAAGGGCCUUCCUGAACUGACGAAUGAGAAUGGACAGUACUGUUCUUUCAGCUGUGAAACACAGGCUUGGUCAAUUGCUGCUAUUCUUGAGAUUCUUUUUGACUUAUAGUUGAUUUUGCACAGUUUCAUAAAGUAUAUACUCAGUUGUGUAACUACACAUAGUUUGCACAAUCUCAGUUCCUUUAAAAAUAAAAGUAAAUCCCACUAGUGUUACAGUGCCCAUUUAGGUAAAGCUUUGAAUUCAGUUCAAGUUAACCAACACUUUUUCAGCACCUAUUAUGUGCAAUGCACUGUGCUAAUGUAGUGAAAGCAUUAAUUUUGUCAGUGUAGAUGGGUGAUCUAUAUUAGAAGGGGGAAAUCAUAAUUACCCAUAAAGUAUUUAUUUUUACUUUAAAUUUAGAAAAUAUUCUUCAACGUAAGGAACAUUAGAUGUUUAGAAAAAUAAUCAUGGUCUCAUUUGUGUACUUGUUAAACUUUAAAAAAACUAGGCAAAAGUACUUAAAAGAAAUUAAAAAGACAUUUUUAUAGAGCUAUUCUGAUAUAACAACGCAUUGCAUAGGCUGUGGGCUCACUAUUGCCCUCCAUCUGCAUUUUUAUUUCUAGGCAGAUGGUGCUGUGCUAGGCAUUGAUCUUUCUUCACUGAAAAAAUAGUAUUUUGCAUUUGGUGCAGCUUUAAUAAAAAUCUUUUCCCCAUUCAUAAUGUUCUAUGCAAUGUCUGGGAUGAAAUUUGCAGCCUGUCAAACUUAGUUCCUAAGGUACUCUCUAAAAUUUUCCUUCAUCCCCAGACAAGGUAGACUCCCUUAUAUUAGAUUCUGAGUGACAUUGCAUGGCCCAAUAAAGGGGGGGAAGUCAUAUGAUAGCAAAAAUGAAGGACUCUUGAUUGGAUAGCUCUUCCAUAUAAAUAAUUGAGUACCAGUUAAAUAUGAAAGUAGUGACCAAAUGAAAAGAUGUUUUAUCAAAUAGGCUCUAUUAUAGAGAUACAUGCUAUUUUUUCUUGGCAUCUAAACUAAGGAUAUAGAAAUAAUCAGCGGUUUUAAUUUAGGCUCCUAAUUUUGAGGGGAGAAUUGUAACUUUUAAAACUUUAGCCUCCUAUUAAAAGAAUAAAUACAUUCUCACAGUAUAAACCUUUGAAGAAAAUAGAUUCUAAAUUUUUUGAAAUGUAUCAGUUUACAUAUUAUGUAAAAGAUUCUGUUGGUCAGUUAUACCAGAUACUUUUUUCCAUUAAAUAUAUUUCUAUAUUGACUAGUUUUAGCCUUGUGAACAGUUUUAAAAGGAAAAAAGUUUACCAUCUUGAAUAAACACAUUUGUAAACAAGUUUUGCACAUAACUUAUUUUAAUUUUUUAAUCCAUAAACUUAUAUAGGAAGUAUGGAGGGAAGAAAAGUAUUUUACCUUACCAAUUUUAUACUCUUUUCCCCUAAGUAUGGAUUGUGAAUCAUGCCAUUAAAACCCUAAAAUGGUAAAUGUUUCUUAGUUUGACAUAUAAUUUUAGACAUUAAUAUGAAAGAGUAUUCUUAAAGAGAAUGCAUGCAUUUUGUCAGGUAUAUAAAUAAAGAAUAUCAAUAAUGUUAAUUAUUUCCACGAUGUGCAAAUUUUUCAAUGUAAGAAGUGAUUAAUAACAAUUAAAUUAGCUAGAAUUAUGCUUUCAAUGGCAUUGGCCUCAGAAACCAGUAAAUGUCAUUUGCAUGCUAAAUCUGAUUGUCACGCUUAAGGAGAAAUAGAAGCUAUACUUUUAAAUGCCUGGGAGGAUUGUUAGUUUGAGAAAUAGCAUCAGGAAAAAUAUUGCAGCAAUACUUUGUGCCAGACUUUACCCCAAAAAUAAUUUUAUAAAGUCACAUUGCAAAAUUAUCCAUAAAAUAAUUGUCAUUUGCAGUGUUUGUGUGUUCUGAGUCAUAGCUUUGUUAAAAUGUUGUCCCUGUUAAUUAAAGAGUAGCCAUUAUAUUAUGGUUGAUGAACUAUUAGUACGGUGACACUUCACUUAUGCAGAGUUACUUACUGGGGAACCUCAACUAUCUAUAACAGGGAGAACUAAAAAAUAAAGGGAGAAAAAAAGUCAGUAGGCGCAAAGGCUCAUGUAUAUCAUUCAUAGAAAAGCCCCUAAGCUACUCAGCACCCAGAGAAUGUGUUCCAUUUUACACAUAAUUCUAAAAAGCUCGGUUAUCUGGCUUCUCAACCCAGCAGAGAUUAAAAUUUAAUGUGAUUCAGGAAACACUUAUUGAAACUCUGCCAGAUAUAGUCCCUGCCUUCAUAAAGUUUAGAAGAUAGUUGUCCAAGCAGGCUAACAGUCAAAGAGUCAAAAAAAAUUACAAGUUGACAUAAUUCAAAAAACAAAGUAGUCUGGGGCUCUUUGUGGUUAGAGCAAGCAGGCCUUGCACACCUCACUAACUCCUGUUAACACCACUGUAUUACAGCCCAAUAUAUAAUAGUUGUUCAUAAUGAUGCCAAGAGAAAAAGAUGAAAUGUUAUAAUUGCUCUUAAAUAAAGCCAAAAAGAGUUUAAUCUGUUUUGGAGAAAUGUUGAUCUGAUUUAAGGUGAAUAAAAUGAAACUUUGUCACUUUUGGAAGUGUAAGCUUUGGUUUUGUGGGAAAUUCGCUUAUGUAGAAUAUUUCAUUCCCAAUAAUAAUUAUAUGAAGUGUUGUACUUAUUUUAAGAAGUUGUAAUAAUUCUGUGCCUUGUUCUUGUACCAACCCCAGUGAUACUACUCUUUAAAUUAAUAUAAGGGACUUUGCCAUGUUACAAUAUUACAAACAUUUUAAUAUGUGCUUAUCUUUUUAAUAACAUCAGAAACAGUCGAGUAAACAAAGAAAAUGAA